UUUCAUCAGACUGGUAUCUACUCCAUAAUCUUAUUGCCUAUCUGAGUCAUUUCGAUGAGUUCCCUGCAAACGAAAAGAUCAAAAGACGUUGGUAUUCUUUUUUUCCCCUUAGAGGCUUGGACUCUUUUGUUUCUCUUUGAUCUCCAUCCUGUCCCUACUGAAAAGUGGAUAUUGAAAGGAAGCCAGCGAGCAGACUUUAUCUAUUGAUUUCUUCCUGAUAACAUGCUCAUACAGGCUCCUGACUUCUGAAUGAGCGUUGUGUCAUUCUGGAAUUUGCUGAUCAUUCGUGAUCGGACCUUGUCUCUAGAGGACAUCUUCCCGAAGAGAAGGAAGGUAGCUUCUGCCAACCAGGCUCUACGAAGGAAAUCAUUGGCCAACAUGAGCCAGCGCAACAAACGCAGAAGAGUGAAUGCCAGUUCGAGCCCAGCAUCUGUGUCGUCGAAUCAUACGAUGGCAAACCCAUUUACUGCAGCGCCAUGCAAUCCUGCCAAUGUGUUGGAAAGGCAGAAAUGGAACGGCUUCUGUGAGCUUGAGUCGGAGCCGGCUAUUUUCAACGUGAUGUUGCGCGAGUUCGGAGUCCAAGGGGUCAAGGUUCAAGAAGUUGUCUCACUGGACGAUGAAUUGAUGGCAUUCCUAAAUAAACCAGUAUAUGGUCUAAUCUUUCUGUUUCGCUGGCGAGAAGAUGAUCCUGAUAAGCAGGAAGCGAGCUGUCCAGAAGGGCUUUGGUUUGCAAACCAGACAGCUAGUAAUGCCUGCGCAAGCGUGGCACUCCUGAACAUUGUAAACAAUAUCGAAGGAAUCGACCUUGGGGAAAAUCUACGACAUUUCAGAGAAUUUACGAUGCCGUUCACACCAGCGUUGAGGGGUGAUGCCAUCAACAACUUUGAAUUUGUCAAAAGGAUACACAACUCGUUUGCAAGAAGAAUGGACAUACUGAAUUCAGAUCUACAGCUGAAGGUGGAGGCGACAUCCAAACGUUCUCGAUCGGGCAAUAACAGACAUGAUGAGUUUGAGGCUGACGCUGGAUUCCAUUUUAUCGCGUUUGUCCCGGCGAUGGGCAAAGUCUGGAAGUUUGACGGCUUGGAGCGUCAGCCCCAAGCUCUCGGUGAGUGUCCUUCAAUCUGCACAAACGGUAGACAUGAGUUUGAUGAUAAUCCAGGGGAAUAUGCGCCCGACGAUGACUGGUUGACCCUAGUACGGCCCAACAUCCUCACCAGGAUGGCGGAGUACGAAGAGGAUCAGAUUGAGUUCUCCAUUCUCAGCGUGGCUAAGGAUCCGCUUGUUGAGCUCGAAGAUAAGCUGGCAGUCAAUGUCAAAUGCUUGGAAGCAGUCAACCGCUGGUUGGCUUCCCGCGAGGGGGCCGAGGAAACCUGUCCCGGGCCCGAAAGUUCCGUGUCUCUGCUCGAAAACACAAUACUGGGACCCGAUAGCUCCUUUAACUUAACGAGGCAUCGCAUCGACGGUGUGAUUAUCCCGCCAGAGCGUGAAGUACAAUAUGCGAAAGCCUCAGCGGAGGAACUGAGGCAGCAUCAAUACUGGCUCAGCAACGAGCAGCGGGAGCUUCGAGCAUCUAUUUUGGACGAACAGCAAUCCCACCGGGCGGACGAUGACUAUGCAACCGGACGGCGGUUCGACUAUGGUCCAGCAGUGAGAGCGUGGAUUCGGUUCUUGGCGCGCAAAAAAGUCAUAGAGAGCUUGACUUGAUCAAGCUGUUGAGGUGAGGGAUGCUCCUAAGAUUCGGAGAAAUCAAUUUCUGGCAUCGCUCGUAGAAUUCUUCAGCUCGAAGAAGAAACUUCAAGGAUUGACUCGAUAGACUAUGCUGAAUAAGUGGCAUUCGCUGCCAACAACAAUAAU